UUCAUUUAGAAUGUGGCCGCUAACACUUGGAUUUGCGAUGCAGUUGCUGCUGCUGAUUUCGCUGCUGCUGCUGCUUCCACUGCCCGGAUUUGCCAGGGAACUAAGGCAGCCCUAUAGAUACGACAGAUACGACGGUAAUCCUGGCCUGAACCAACCGCGGAAUUUGGAGCGGAACUGAUAUGCAUAACUAUAAGAACAGGUUCCACAAAGAACGAACAAUAAACUAGCGAAACACGAA